AUGGAGGCGUGCAGUGAGUCCAGGAGCCACCAGAUGCUUUGGAAAGAUGUGGAGGGGGGCAAACACAAGAGGUUCCAGGGGCCCCAGCGUCUGGCCCUCAUCCUGGCCACGCUCUUCCUGGUGCUGGCCCUGUGCGUGAUCAGCCUGCACUAUCUGUGGAGCCCCGCGUCUGGGAGGGUGUAUGACCAGCAGUACAAAGCCGUGGUGGACGGGGUGGAGACUGACAGCGUGAUGGAGAUUGACUCGGGCAAGCGCAUUGAAAUCUUCCGAAUGGGCAACGGCAGCGAAGAAGUCAUUGAGGUGCACGACUUCAAACAUGGAAUUACAGGGAUCCGGUUUGCCAAGCAUCAGAGGUGCUACAUCAGGACCCAAACCAGGAGCCUCCCGCAGGUGACAGAGAUGGAGGCCGAGGACACUCUGACACCAGCCGAUGGAACACAUGUGAAGUUGGUGCAGGACUCCAGAGUCUGGGUCCCUGCCGAGGAACCCAUCAUUAACCCAGCCUUCCUCUUCGACUCUAAGAUCUGGGAGAUUUGCCAGGAGCUGCCCAUCCACUGGAUCCACCCUACCCCUCUAAAUGAUGCGGAGUCCCUGGAGGUGGACACCCCUGAUGCAGAGGUGAUUGGAGAGCGGGUGGCCCGUGAUGUCGAGAACCAUGCUCCUGUAAACGACUAUAGGGACGUCGGCAUCGAGCUGGAUAGCCGCCUGGAUGACCUCGGCUAUUGCUGCCAGCACUGUCGCCGUGGUUACCGCUACUGCCGCCGCUACCACGAGCCGCUGGGUGGUUUCAACCCAUGGCCCUACUACUACCAGGGAGGCCGCACCAUCUGUCAAAUUGUCAUGCCCUGCAACUGGUGGAUCGCCCGCAUGUUCGGACGGAUCUGA